UUUCCCCGUUUCUGUACAUCCUCAGGAUUUGUAUUUUUAGAGCACCACCUUGCUUUCCAACGCUAAGAAAAGACAUUCCGGCGUCGGGUUGCGUGAGUGGUGCGCUAAGCUGACAUCUCGUUUUUAUUCUCGGUGUCACAGCACUGGGUUGCUAUUUUUAGCUGCGGCUGAAGUACUGUCUUUGGAGUUUGGAGUAUGUGUCAGUCUGAAAUAUUUCCGCUUCAGUUCCGAUUUGGAGGACUGCACAUUUUAAAGUUUUAUUUUGAACUAUUGUGUUUGCCAUAGACAAACCGGAUGUAAUAAGGGGGAGAGGGUUACACUGUGGACCUAUGCUUUUGUGUUGGAUAAACUCCGCUGUGUUCCGCUAAAGAAAAUAAAGAAACCAUUCAUUACAAAUACCUACAUUACACGAGUUUGCUAGAGAACAUGUAGCCGGUAUCCUUUCUUACAAAUACAGGUUGACCGGAUAGCUUAUCAUUAUUAUUAUUAUUAUUAUUAUUAUUAUUAUUAUUAUUAUUAUUUAUUUCUUAGCAGACGCCCUUAUCCAGGGCGAUUUACAGUCGUUAGCGUGUUUCUGUGCUUGUAACACCCGCUCCAAUCAGAACACGAGCUGUAACUUGAUAAUUCAGAAUUAAUAUGUAUUAGUUUUUCCGGGAGGCGUGCCCACGAACGCACCUGUCAUGACCGCUCACGUCGGCUUUUUCUAUUGGCUGCAAGAUCCAAAGCGGCGAAUUCAAAUGUAGCACAGGGACCUGCAGACAUCCAUUCAUACACUACAUCAUCAGAGAAGAGGUUGUGGAGGCGGCUGCUUGUGCGGUUUAUAACAGAAGAGUACUCAGGAAGUGUGCUGAAAAUUCCUGUCUCCAGGCUAUGAAAAGGCUGCUAUUCCUACAACUUUACCUGCAUAUCUGUGUUGCAGUUACAGUGCCCUGGUCUCCAGUGACGUCACCUCCCGGCAGUGAUGUCACUCUCGACUGCUCUUUCUCCUAUAAAGCGGGGGCUGAUCUCACCAGAGUGGUGGUUACCUGGCAACGCCCUCCUGCCGAUGAUGUCGUCCACAGUUACUAUUACGGUCAGGACCAGCUGGCUCUGCAGAAUGAAACCUACAGGAAACGGACCCAGCUGUUCCCAGAGCAGCUCAGUGUGGGCAACGCCUCCCUCAGACUGAAGCAGGUGCGGGGAGAGGAUGAGGGCUGGUACACCUGCGCUGUCACCAACCAAGUGGAGAACACCAAGGGAAACGUGCGCCUCAUAGUGGCAGCUGAAUUCAGCGAGCCUCAGCUGGUCGUUACUGACAGUCCGGACAGUCCAGACAAGGCUCUCCUGAGCUGCAUCUCCACAGGAUACCCCAGCGCUUCAGUGCAGUGGCUGAAUGAGACAGGAUGUGACAUCACAGAGAGCAGCAGGACUAGCCAAUCCCUGGCCAGGGAUGGGCUGGUGGAAAUCACAAGUCACAUUCUAGUGUCCAGGGAUGCUAAUUAUACCUGUGUUCUUACCCACAGCCGACUGAACCAAACCCUCAAGAAGACGAUCACCUUAACAAAGAAGAGUUAUCCGGACAGGCAUCGCAUUGUUUUGUGGGUUGUCUUGACAGUGGUAGGGGUAGCAACAGUGAUCAUUGCAAUCUGCCUGCUUUUCAAGCGCCACUGUAAUGCCAGCACACCAACAGAGCCAACAGAACAUGCCCUGUCUGAUUUAACGGGUUCCAGGGGUCCAUCAGACUUGUAAAAGUAUCACAUCUCAUGGAGUUGUUCUCAUACAUUGCAGUUGCUUCAUUAGCAUCAGGGCAUUAUAAAUGAUUCAUGUCGGGUACAUCAGUGUGUCUAAAACACCAAAGCAUGGUACUGCACUUAUACUGUACAAAGACAAUCUGUGAACAUGAUUGCAAACGAGCACUGCACUGUAAUACAGCAUUUUGCAAUUUACUAAACAGUAUUCCAAAAUCGCUGCUUGCCCUACUUUCUAAGUAUACCACAAUUCGAAGACGACCACCAACAUUGCUAUGGGAUAAAAUAGUCUGCUAAGAAAAUAAUAAUAAUAAUAAUAAUAAUAAUAAUACAUAUUUGGCGCCAAUCCAGCGUAGCGGGCAAAGUGAUUGUUCAAUCGACCUCGACCAUUGCUGCACUAUCUGCUGCCAUCACAGUUCCACUUUAAGUUGUUUUCAACGACAAGAGUUUUGAAUAAUUCCCAAAUUUUCCACGAGAUCCAAUAUGGCGGUCGAACCAUGUGACUUUUUCAUUCGGGGACGCCAGUCUGGUUGUCCAGCCAUAGGCAUCUACUUAGGUAAGCGUUUUCAUAACUCUGCGAUGUUUGUGCGGAAAAAAAAAAAUAAUAAUAAUAAUAAUAAUAAUAACAAUAAUAAUAAUAAUAAUAAUAAUAAUAAUAGGCUUCCCAGCCUUUGGCUUGGAAGCCUAAUAAUAUGCCUGCCUAUUGGGAUCUUUAUAUAAGAGCUGCCGAUAGGCCCCUUCCUGGGAUGACGCACUCGGUCCCGCCCAGUGGCCGCGGUACUCCCUCCCCCGCGCUCCUGCGUGGGGCAGGUCUAACCACUGACAAGCUCCUCCGAUGUGGACUGCCACCAGGACAGUACCGGUUUCCACGGCUCCAGAUUUAAACAUUUUAUAUUAUUUUACUAUGCCAAAUAACUAGUACGUUUCUUUUUUUAUAAAGACAAUCAGAAUUUAAAAAAAAAACCACACACACACUAAAGUUGUACACUCUCAAUGUUAUACUACAACAGUAUUAAGAUCUAUUAUUUGCUCAAAAUGACGUGGUGCUGUAGUCUGUUAAAUCAUUUUAACGUAUACAAUAACAUAAAUACAUACAUUAAAUAAAUAAAUAAAUAAAUAAUACUAAGCAAUAAGACCGAUAAUUGGAAAUGAUCGCUCUUAUUGCUUAAAACACAAACAUGUACCACAGGUUAUUAUUUAAGAGCAGAGAUUAGUUGUUUAUUGUUUCAACCGGAUAAAUAAAAUACGUAUAGCAAAAAAGAAUUUAUUUUAAUACUAAAGCAUGUUAUUGGAUUUAUAGCUAGAUGUCGACUGCACAAGUAAGCUUUGAUGAUUAUUACACGUGGAGUUUGUAAAAAAAAAAAAAAGAUUUCUUCCCUUACCUAAGAAAAUUGGAAUACUGUUAGAACUUGUUUAAACAAAGCUACGUUGAUAAUAAGCAGGCUAUCCUGCUGCAGUCGUGGGACUCUGCUAGGUUUAACUGCGCUGCACAGAACCGCGGAGAUGCGCUGUAGACGUCGCUCAACACCCACAGAAAUCUGUGCGGAUUCUGCAUAGCCCAGCGCAGCUUUGAAAGGUUGCUGCGGGAAGCUGGCUGCGGCUGUGAACCAAAGGGACGAUGCAGAGAUCAUGAGGGACCUGUUCAUCGUAAUGCAAAUAACCACUAAAACUACUGCUGCCACCUUGUUAGCGGAGGCGAACGACGUUUUAUCAUUAUACAAUGAAGCCGUGAACAGCCUUGUCAACGUUAUAUUAAAUCAAUCAAUUAUUUAAACUAACAUAAUGUAUUAAAUCCGUGAUAAGUGGUGUAUAAUUUUACAAUAAAGUUAAUGUUAAUCAAUUACAUUAAACUGACUGUUGAUAAUCCAGACAGAAUAUAGCACGUUUAAAAUGUGUGCUGCGCUGCAAGGUUUGGAGAAGGCCUUUCUCUAAAAGCUGCGUGUGGCGUCAGAAAGACACCAGCCAAGAGCAGCCGGCUCUGGGGAACAGAACAGAGCGAUUGAAACGUGUAUUCUGUGUCGUUGACAGUUUCAAAAACAUUAUCAAAAUACAGUAUCCGUUCACAAAAAGAUCUUCCUCAGACACUUUGCUAAGGCUGCAAGUACCAUCGCUUGAUUUAGAAGAAGCGUGUUUGCAGUUGAAAAACUGCGUUAACCGGUGUAUAAAGGAAUUACGAUAAUUGCGGUGCAGAAUAAAUGAAAGGAACGGUAUUAAUACCAUAAUGUACCUAAACCGCGGUAAACCGAAAAGCCGGUAUACCGACCCAUCCCUAUAACGCAGUAUAGUGAAUAAUAGAGAAAAAUUGGGUAUAAAUCAGUAAAAAACGACGUCCAGUUAAAAAAAAAAAAAAAAUCUGUAAUUUUUAGUUAAAUUCGGAAGAUCUGGCCAAAGCGCUGGGUCAUUAGAUAACAUGCUGCUAUUUGCGGUGCUAGCCGCUGCAUGAUGCGAGAGACAGGGCCUUCCUAGGUUUCCACGUCAUCUGCAGGUGUUUCAGCUCGUGGUCCAGUAACAUCUUUAGCUGCAGCCGACGAUGUACUACAGCUAGCAUCUUCUUAUCGCCUGCCGCUUGCUGUGGUGCAAAGAAUGAUGUUAGAUUAGGUAAAGUUGCCAUACGCUUUGCUUUAUCAGGUGAGUGUUUUUGCUUGCGCCGCUUCGUGUUUCUUUUUCACGCUCCCACACCUUGGUAAUUAAAGAACAAGCAACGGUCCGCGCUACAAGGUGGGUUACUCUACUCCUUAUGUAUGGGGGUUGUUUUUUAGACUACAAUUAAAUGCACUAUGAAAUUGAAUAGGCCUGUUACACAAAUAAUCAAAUCAUUUAACCGGUCUAGGUAAUCGCGUGUAAAAAUAAGUUCUACCUUCUUUUUAAUUGUGUUUGUAUUUGUUAAUACGUAACCCCCCCCCCCCCCCCCUCUGUUUUUUCAGUCUUGUCAGGUCACGCGGCUGUCAAUAUUAGUAAUGUAGUUUUUCCUCCUAAUAGUCGUGUGUGGUGUGCACUCCGCAGCGCUGUGUACCGGCAGAGCACCCUACCCCUGCCCGAACUUCUCGGAAUGAGAUAUAUACUACGUUUUGACUUUCUCUAGUCACCAGAUGUCUUGACAAUGUUUUGAAAGCAUUUCAUGUUUUACAGUAUGUGUCUUGCCGCUCUCAACCAUAUGAUGGAAAUGUUGUGCAGCUCGUAGGGUCAGGAAGUUUGGCCUCCCUUGCCCUAUACAUUUAAUUUGACUUUAUGAUUUGGUUAAAUUGGCAUUUUGUCCUCUAAUUCGGCUGUUCUUUGCAUAAUUUGGUUUGAUUUGGCUUUUUUAUCUUCCAAUUUGGUUCUAUUGGCUAUAAAAGAAUGAGAUCCCUUUCAAUUCGUAGACAACCACCAACCAAUACAUUUGGGAUACACCUGCACAGGUCAGGUAUUCACUGAGCAUUUCAUAUCAAAGCUGCCGAUAGGUCUCUUUUGCCUCUCUCAACCAGGUAGGUAAGGUGGGUAUAAACUAACCUCUUCCAGAUGUUGAUUGUCUCUUAAAAAGAGCCCUUCUCUCCGAGUUUUCUGUAGUUCCCUUGCAAUUUAUUGCUGGAAGCUGGCUUGCCAUUUCCACUGAACCAGAACUUGGCAGCUGAAGCCUGAGCAAAACGCUGCGCAACGGUGCUCCGUUUAAUAUAUAUAUAUAUAUAUAUAUA